AUGUCUGAACAGGAGUCUGAUGAACUUAAACGUAUGAAGCAAUUGGAAGAAGCUAGGAAGAGAGUAGAAGAAUUGAAGAAAAAGAAAAAUAAGAAGAGUAAAGGUAAGAAGAAUAAAAAUAGCAACGCUACUGGCUCUAUAGGAUCCGAAACGCCUGAUUUGGAGAGCACACCAGCAGAAGAGCUCGCACAUGAACAGACAGUAGAAGUUGAUCUCACAAAAAGUGAAAACAACGAUCAAGAUGCCGAAGGUAAUAAGGAGAAUGAAGAGGCUGAAGAAAAAGAAAUAGGACAAGUUAAAUCAAACAACUCGGCCACACAAGAGAAAGAGACUGAAGAAGGUAACAGUACUUUUGCGAAUGUGGAAGAGGAUAGUGCAGAAAACACUUCAAAAGGGGAAGUUCAAGGAGCUGUAGGAAGUAGCAACUUUGAACAAGCGGCAGACGUCGAAAAGAUCAUAGAACCACAAGAGGAAAAGAAAACUAUACAACCUCAAGAAGAAAGGGAACCUUCAAACUCACCAGCUACGACAGACGAUUUAUUCGCUAAUGACGACAAUCAAGAAUCUGACUUUUUGACCACAAUUGAAAAGAAAAAAGAAGAAGAUGAAUUGAUCAAACUAAGGGCGGAAAAUGAGAAGCUCACGCAAGAAAAUAAACAACUUAAGUUUUUGAAUAUGGAAAAUGAAACUACUGUAGAUGACCUGCAAGAUCAAUUGCAGGAAAAGGAAGAUAUCAUUAAUAGUUUGCAAAACGAUUUGCAAACUACAAAGGAUGAACUAAUUGCCACCCUGCAAAGACUAAAGGAGGCAGAAACUAAAUCAGCGAGAAAUGCCACAACAACACCUAUUCAAUUUGCGGAUUUCAACACUUCAAGCAAUAAUUUAACUCCCUCACAAUCCGUAAACAAUUCUGGUACACAGAUGACUCGUGAGAAUAAUAUGGAAGUGGAUCGUCUUAUGCUGGAUAAAUGGCGCCAGUGGAACGUAGAUAUGACCACUUGGAGAAGUAUUGGUUCCGGUCCAAUAAUGGAAUUUUGA